UUUAACAGUUUUCCCGAAAGCUGAAAAUUUUAUCAUGGAAGCAUCAAAUUCAGAUCUUCGCAAUCAAAAUUGCCGGCAUUGCCGCAUUAAUUCGGCUACGAGAUGGCUGAAAGCACAAAUGUACCACGCCGUAUUGCAGCUCCGACCAAAAUCGAAUGUCGAAAAAAUUCCACUUUGUGUAAAAUGUACAGCAUUAAUCCUAACUUUCGGGAAGGCAAUUUAUACCAAGCACUUGGAUGAGCUCCUGGAUGAUUUGCCGGAUGUCCAAGAUCCUGCAAUAUUCGAAGGGCCAACCCUACCUGCCACGCAGGACGCACACGGUUCAUCUGAAUCAGCGUCUCCGGAAAAAGGAGCGAGUUCUCCUCAAGAACAGAAGUGAAUCAAAUAUUUCUUCAAAAUUCAUAAUCGCGUAUUGUUUAGAUAUUUAAGAAAACUAUCAAAAAUACUUGCAGUAAAGUAUGGCUCAUAUCCUGCCUUUUUAGCUAUUCGAACUUUAAUAUUGCUUCUUUUAAUUGGUUCAAUAAUUAUCAAAUACAAAUAUAGAAAACCCGA